AUCCUGCAAAGCGCUGAGUGGCUUAGUGAAUCCAAGGGCGAGCAGAUAUAUCCGUAGGUCUUCAUCGAAGGCGUUAGGACCCGGAAGACCUGCCUCCCGCUCUCUUCCUCUCGGUCUUCCUCGGUCUCUCUCUCUCUCUCUCUCUCUCUCUUUGCGCUCUGCGGGACUUGAGCCGGGAGACAAGAGCGCCAACAAACAGCUGCGACCGCUCGAGCCAGCCAAAGAAGAGAGAGGGAGAGAGAGAACCGGGUGUCGCCGUUUCCCCAUCGCUCCCUCGCUCUCUUUUUCUCGGCUCCCCAAGAACUGAACCUCUUUUCAGCUGACUCGGAGCUCCCAGGCAGCCCGGAGGUCCCGCAAUGAGGCGGAUCCGGGCUAAUGCCAUUGCGAUCCUGACCGUAGCUUGGAUCCUAGGCACUUUCUAUUACUUGUGGCAGGACAGCAAGCCUCAUUCGGCCGCGUCCAGCCGGUCUCCCAGCAGCAGCAGCAACGGCGGCGGCGGCGGCGUUAAGAGUGGGCAGAGAAGCGCCGGCAAAGUCGAGCUCCAUAAAGAAGAGAGGACCGUCCCCCUUCUCGCAUCCAAGCUACCACAAGCUGAGAAAAAUGGCUUAAGAGGAUUUGAUGAAAAGGCCUAUGUAUCAUCAAAGCUACUGAAGGCUGGAGAAGACCCUUAUCGGCAACAUGCUUUCAAUCAGUUGGAGAGUGACAAACUGAGCAGUGACCGGCCCAUUAGAGACACUAGACAUUACAGAUGUGCAUCUGUUCACUACACCGCUGACCUGCCGGCCACAAGCAUUAUUAUCACUUUUCACAACGAGGCUCGGUCCACAUUGCUCCGUACAGUGAAAAGUGUUCUAAAUCGCACUCCUGCAAACUUGAUUCAGGAAAUAAUUUUAGUGGAUGAUUUCAGCUUGGAUCCUGAAGACUGCCAACUACUUACCAGAAUCCCAAAAGUCAAGUGUCUACGCAAUGGACGUCGAGAAGGUCUAAUCCGCUCCCGAGUACGAGGUGCUGAAACAGCAACAGCUGAUAUUCUCACCUUCCUGGAUAGCCACUGUGAAGUGAACAGUGAAUGGUUGCAGCCAAUGCUUCAGAGAGUAAAAGAGGAUUAUACUCGAGUAGUGAGUCCUAUCAUUGAUGUCAUCAGCUUGGACAAUUUUGCCUAUCUAGCAGCAUCAGCAGAUUUGAGAGGAGGAUUUGACUGGAGUCUUCAUUUUAAAUGGGAACAGAUUCCCAUUGAGCAAAAGUUGUCCCGGACAGACCCUACCCAAUCUAUUAGAACACCUGUCAUAGCAGGAGGAAUCUUUGUGAUAAAUAAGUCUUGGUUUAACCAUCUUGGAAAAUAUGACACACAGAUGGAUAUCUGGGGAGGAGAGAACUUUGAGCUUUCUUUCCGUGUCUGGAUGUGCGGAGGUAGCUUGGAGAUUGUCCCCUGCAGUCGAGUGGGUCACGUUUUCAGAAAACGCCAUCCAUAUGACUUCCCCGAGGGCAAUGCAUUAACCUAUAUCAAAAAUACCAAACGUACAGCAGAGGUAUGGAUGGAUGAAUACAAACAGUAUUAUUAUGAAGCCAGACCUUCUGCCAUUGGAAAGUCAUUUGGAAGUAUUGCAGACCGAGUGGAACAACGGAGGAAGCUGAACUGUAAAUCCUUUCAAUGGUACUUGGAGAAUGUCUAUCCGGAACUCAAAGUCCCCGAAAAGGAGCUGAUUCCAGGGAUCAUCAAGCAAGGAGCAAACUGCUUGGAAUCUCAGGGCCAGGAUACCGCAGGAAAUUCUCUAGCUGGGAUUGGAAGUUGUAAAGGGUCAGUGAACAAUCCUGUUGCUACUCAGGAGUGGAUUUUCAGUGACCCUUUAAUCAGACAGCAGGACAAGUGCCUCUCAAUCACCUCCUUUUCUACUGGCUCACAGGUCACAGUCGAGGCCUGCAACCAGAAAGAUGGCAGACAGAAAUGGAAGAUGAAAGGUAGCUUCAUCCAACAUUUUGUCAGUGGCCUAUGCUUAGAAAAUGAGUCCAGCAGAUUAGUGACCAACAUCUGUCAGUCGGAUAUUCUGGGUCAACAAUGGGAGCUGCUCCAAGCCACAUGAUGGUUGCCCAGCAUCUUUUGGUUCUGAUACUUUUUGCAUGAGACUCUGGGAACGGAAGGGGCUAGGGUGGGGUAUGAAUUCUGGUUUUCUUUAAACCUAAAUGUUUUGACUAUGAUCCUCAGCCAAUAACCAUUUCAGAUGAAAUGUCACUGUUUUUGGAUUUAUGUUAAAGAAGAAGUCGAAGCUAUAUGGCAACAUCAGUCGAAAUGGCCCAUCUUGUCCCACUUUGAGUAACAGUGGGAAAUGGGUGUGGAAGAAUCUGUCUCAGUAACCAAUAUGUGUUUAAGCCUGACUGAUAGCAGUUCCCUUCCAUUCCUUUGUCUCCAGAGAAACCUGUGGUCUAUGAUCCCAUGGAGUUGCUGCAGUUGAUGUCUGUGACUAUAUGCUUGAUGUGAACUCCUGAUGAGUUUGCUUGAUUUCAGACAUGUCACCUCUCAUUUUGCAUGUGUGUCAUACUGUUUGAUUUAUGGAAAGGAUGGCAAGAAAAGGGGGCGGGCUCGGUUAUGGAAAUGCACAUCAUUGAGGGAAAUUGAGGCAGAGGUAAAGCUUUUUUUGUUUUUGUUUUCUGAAUGUGUUUGAUUACUGGAGCAGAUUGAAAUCAUCCCUUCAGAGAAAGGGCUCCUUGGUAUCUCUGGCAGGUAGGAUUGAUAAAACUUCAAGAAGAAAGCUAAACUAGUCUUCAUCAAGAAAGAUACCUGGUAUGUUUCUUAUGCUUUAAACCUGAAGCACAGAAAUAUUGUUAAAAAGUACACAAACAAAGGCUCCCUUUUUCUACCCUCUGGAGAGAACACACAUUAUUUCCUUCUGCUUUCAUCAAUAUGUGCUUGGUGUACAAUUGUGGGGAAAAGGCAGCUCAUGAUAACAAUUCUGUAUUUUUGCAAACACAGCUUGGGCUGAUGGCCAAAGGGUCAACUUGUGCUUGUAUUUUUCCACUCAGUCCUUUUAGGUUAAUCAAAAUUGGAUUUCUUUCUAAGGGCCUAUCACCUAUUUCUCAGCCUAGUUCUGUCUGGGGAAUCUUUUGGAGCCAAGCCCAAAACAAAGCUCUUUUUCCUUAUGUGUGUAUGUGCUCACUGAAAAACAAGAACCUAGACUGUUAGCCAAGAUUCUCACAAUAAUUCCAUAUCACCCAGUAAAGUGCAAAGAAUGUGACCCUUGAUGCCUUUACUGAUGGCAGAAUGGCAGUGCUAACUCUGAAUUCAUUUAAGAAAGCUAUUUUUAUGAACAUUUGUUUGGGAAUCACAGCUGAAUAGAUCAGAAGGAGUCUGGUAGCAUCUUUGCCAACUAAUUAAUUAUGUUAAAAGGCAUAAGUUUUCAGCUAAUGCAACUCACUCUAUCAUAAUGCAUCUGAUGAAGUAAGCUGCAGUUCACAAAUAUUUAUACCUUUUAAUAAAAUUGGUUAGUUGGAAAAGGUGCCACCAGAUCGCUUCUGGUUUUUGGCUACCAUAGACUCACACAUCUCUCUUCUUACAAAGUCAUCUGAAUAAAGUGAAAGUUAUUUCUAAAUAAAUGCACGCAGGAUUAAACUAAACAUCAUCUGUAUGUCAAUGGAUCUGAGAUUGACUACAUUGGUUAAGCAUCAGCAGAAUGUCAGCCUGUUUACCAACUGAUGAAGCCAUAUGCCAAGAUAUUAGGUCUUAGUUAUCAAAUCUGAAUUUGAGACAACAUACUUGAUGGGCCUUUUCUGUUAGUUAAUUGUCAAAAUAUUAUGCUCUCUUCCACUCUGAUUUGAAAUAUGAAAGUAACAGAAGAUGUAAGCUAUACUUAAAUGGCCAUUAUUACUCUAAUCAAUGAAUUGGUCAUUUGCACAACAGGAAUACUCUCUGCUUGUCAAUCAUCUCCAGUAUUUAAAAAAACCAUUCCCAUAUAGACAAAAGUAACAUCAGGAUUACUCCAACAAUAUCUUUAGCUGCAAAUGUGAAGGAUCGAUAUCACUAAACCUUAAGAAAGUCCUCCCCUAAGCACCUAAUUAUUUCUAAUGGGUUAUAUUGGACUGCAUUUUGGUGACCUGAAAGCAGCUCUUCAGCCCAUUUCUGGGAGAAAAUAUGAAGAGUUUAGGAGGUUUUUCGAAGUAGUAAAAUACAGUUUAUGGAGACUCUCAAUAUUGUAAGAUCACUCACUUUGUAUAACUUCUGUAUUAUAUGUAGCAAAAACUGAAAACUUUCCUUUAAUGUAAGAAACGGUUUGACAGUUACAAAGAUUUGAAUGUUCAUAUUAUUUAUUACGAAUGGCAUCUUGUAUAUAUCUACCCAGAAUAAUAAAUUCAAGGGAAUUUAAUACCCAAGAAAAGAGUACAGAAUUGCAGUGUGAGGGCAUUUUAGGAGUGCAGAUAGACAGGUCGUUCCUAUCACCACCAAUGGAAAAAAAAUUGUGAAUCAAUCCUUCUGUGGACAACAGUUUGAUAAUAAGAAAAAAAAUGUGGCAAUGACAGUAGAAAGAAGCAAGGAGGCUACAACUGGAAGACGUGUCAUCUGAUCCCCUGUAAUAUUUGGUGAACUGAUUAUGUGCUAUCAAAUCAUUUUCGACUCCUAGCAGCCACAUAGAUUUUCUCCAUGAUAAUGUAUCCCUACUCUGUUCUUUAAAGUCUCCCAAUGGUGCACUCUUUGCCACUGUAACUGAGACCAUCUACCUUGUUACUUAAAGGUGAGGGAUUUGCAUAACAAAAUACUCCAGAUGUUACAUCUGUUUCUGAACUAGAUAUUUUAAGAUGCCUGGGUUUCAAUAACAGCCCCAGCCUGGGAAUCCCAUCCAGUCAGGAUGCUUCUAGGUAUUUUCUAUUGUGCAGUAACCAAAUAUUCCCAGAACAUUUUUCAGUGGGGUUGUAUUGUGUUGGUUAAGGGAGCUCAACCAAUCUCAUUGUACAUAUGUUGUGCAUUGACAAUAAAGAUUUGAAAUUGAAAAUUGGGGGGUGGGGGUGGAACCAGUGGUGUGAUUCAAAUAAUUUAACAACUGUUUCUCUGCCCUAAUGACCAGUUGGGUAGGCAUUUCUCGGUGGUCGUGUGAUUGGGUGGUUGUGGCCAACUCGACAUCACUCAUGAUGAGGGGUGCUUCGCCUCGCCAGGCCUCUCAUAAUGCUGCAAAUUGGAAAACGGUCAUAAGUCACUUUUUUCAGUGCCAUUGUAACUUUGAAUGGUCACCAAAUGAACGGUUGUAAAUCAAGGAUUACCUGUACAAAAAUACAAAAAGCUUCUUUGCUUGCAAAAAGCUGCCCUAAAUACCAAUGAUUAGAUUAGAAAUACCUGCAAGCCAGAAUUAUAAAUCAGAAAGGGUGUCAGAGCACCUUGAGAAAUUAAAAUAGUUAAAAUGCAAUGAUAACUAUCAGCAGCCAACUCUUGCUCAUAAAGUGAAAUCCUUUAGCAGAGAGGUCAUUUAAAUUCUCCAGAAAGUGGGUGGGCAUAUUUACAAAAUGCUGAGCUAAAGAGACAAAUUAACAAAUUAUAUAGGGGACCCAGGUCCAAGUCUCCCAAGCUUUUCAGGAUCACAAUAAAAUUAGUACAUGCCACAGAUUUCUAAAUAAACUUCAAGCCUGGUGCCAUGUUACUAAGCCUUAUUAUCAUGAGAGAAAACUAAAAUUAAUUUGAGGAUCUACAACCCUAACUCCUUUUUUAAAUCUUACUAUCAGUGAGCAAUCAUAUGCCUUGGCCAUUCCAAAGCAAUGCAAGAGACUCCUGUCUCAAAGGUGCUUUUUCAAGAGGCAACUGGACUUUCUGGAAACCAAGAAAGUCCAGUUGCCUCUUGAAAAAAGCACCUUUGGGACAGCCAUGACCUGGAUGACUGAAGAAUCGCCAUAGACAAGAGACACCUGUGCUCAGUGAACUGACAAAGCAUCCUUUCACACCCAGGAGAAGCAAUCCUUAGAUUCAUUUGCAUUACUUAAAGAUACCAGCUGGUCUCACCUCACAAGAUAUCCAAAGGAAAUCAUCCAGAUUUAAGGAAAGAUCACAUGCCCACAGAAAGGCAGUAAAAAAAUCAGUGCCAAGCUUGCAUCCUGCCUCUUGGAAGUACACCCCAAAAGGACAGUGCCAGGAACCACUAAAGCAGUGUAAAAAACUUAAAACAAUCCUUCCCCUUUAAGAAAGUCAAGCCCCUAAUAAGGCAAAGAAAAGCAAAGUACCAGCAAAGAAAAAAAAAACCCUCUGGGGAAGCUUAGGCAACAGAAAGUCUGGGCAUACUGCCAAGAACCUUUAGCUGUUUCAAUGUAAUAAGGCUUAACCGGAGAGGCAGUUUCUGUAAGCAGAGCAAUAAAGAUAAGGAUUAGGCUAGAAACAACACCAGAAUGUUUCCUUCCUGCCUUCCUGACAGAAUUAGCUCUGUAAAGUGGAAAAAAACAAAAGGCUUUUGGAAGGAGAUUUCUUCCAACAACUGGUUCUCCCAAAUAGGUGCAAACCAGCUGAAUCACACCACUGGGAGGAACCAAUAUAAAGAAAAUGAAAAAAUUCUAUUAAACCUUUCAAUGAAUAGCAUUAACAGUAGCAAAAAGAAAUCCUAGGAAGAUGACGGCAGCAAGCACUGAUUUCCAGAUUCAGAAAUAUUUUCAAAGUGAUGCUUCUCUUAUAUAUACAGUAUAAAGUUUAUUGUCAUUGUACAUAUAUACACAGUAUAUCCAUACAACAAAAUUCACAUAACACCCAGAGACCAAGGCCAACACACAUGACAAUUCCCAGACACACCCCCACCCACCAAAAAUUCCCCACCCCUAAACCACCCAAGCAUCCACACAGCAGACCAAGUAAUGCUGUCCAACAGCUCACUGAUGGUGGCCCUUCAGUUCAUUGUUGAGUGCAAUUAGAGCUCUGGGAUAAAAACUAUUCAGAAGACGGGUGGCCCAAGUUUUAAUUGUUCUGUAUCUUCUGCCAGAUGCUUAAGAGCAUAAGGUGAUGUUAGGAGGAAGUAUAAGAUUAAUUCUUCCUAACGUUAUUUUCACUCAGAGAAGGGCAUUCUUAAGUCUAUGGCCCCCAUAUGGUUCUUAAGCCCCCUUUUAUUGCAGUCCCCAGAAUGUGUGACACUGAAAUAUAGCACCAUGAAUUCCUCCUGGAUGUUUGGACAGAAAAUACUAAAAGAUGCUCAAGGUUUGUUUAAAUUUAUCUUAGUAAAACCAGAAACAACUUGUCUUAAAUAGCUUGGAAAUCUUGGUUUGAUCAAGCUAUUCACCAAUGUCACAUUCUAAAGUCUGUAUAUGCCAAAAGGUUGCCAAUUUUGCUUCAGAAAGAGACCUCUCAGACACACAUUUAUACUCAUGCUUGCAAAUGGUGUUACUUGCUAGUUUGAAGGACAUUAAUCCAAGCGGAAGAUAAGGAUGGCUGGAACAUAGGCAUCCACAAAAAGGAUGAUGAAACAUGGAUCAUAAUGUCAACUCUGUCUCUUACAUUUUUGUGUGCAAUGUUAUACAAUACCAAGAAUAUAUCAGCAUUGUAAUGUCACAAUACAUGUUUUGCCACUUUGGUCUAUUCAUGGUCAGAUAUGGACCCUGGUGGGCUGAAGUAUGACCAUUUGGCACCACUUGCUAAAUUCAAUGUGUGCGGUUCUCCUCCAGCGUGUCAUGAAUCACAAACAUAAUGAGAGCUGCAGAGCAAGAUCCAGUAUUCUAUUUUGUACAUGCCAUAGUCUGGUCAAAAAGGGAAUGAUUGUGUGAAGAAUUUCAACCUGCAGCUAUGGACAGACACUGAGGUAGGCAAAACCUGGAGCCAGCAAGCAUUCUUACUGUAAAUUGCUGUAUUGAGGAGCAAAGUCAGCCAUAAAACACUCCUAUGUUAAAAGGCAGAAGGUGUGCUUAAUCUCCAGGGCUCUUAUUUUAUUUUAUUUUAUUUCCUGGGCAGAUGAGCAGACUCUCAAACUUGGCACUAUGGCUCAAAUGUCAAAUCUGAUUUUCUAAAGAUACCAAUAUGGGGUCUAGAAGUGUUCAUGUAAAUUGAGAUUUUGCUGAAGGCUGGUGCCUUGAACAUGACAGCUUGCCAUUUAAUUUUUUAAAAAUUAUUAUUAAAAUCAGAUGGUUUAGGGAGCCUAGGGAGUAUCAAGAACAUCAUCUGUGGGUAUGCUCAUGCUCAAGGACAUCACACUGCCUACUUCAGGACACAAUAUUUUCAUCAAUGACUCAUCAAUAUUUUUUUGCCAUGCUUUUGAAAAUUAAAACUCUUUAGCUUGUAAAUGGAGCCGAACAAAGAACAAUGACUUGAUUGCAAGAAAGCGGGUGGAGGAAGAAUAGUGGGUUUAUAAACAAAUGAAUUAAUAAAAUGUCAUCCACUAUCCACUGAAUGGGCAGGAUAGAGAGUUAUCAAGAUCUACUGAACGAGGCUCCAAAAUGAAAUUCCAAAUAUUUUUGGAAGGGUUUGUAUUUUUUUCCCCUUCUUCUUUCAUUACGAACACACUUUGUCAAAAGUAAUUUAUGUCAACAUAUUUUUCUUCCCUUUUUAACCAAAGCAUGUACCAGAAUUUGUCUGUUAAGAUGCUAGAAUAAACUCCACUUCUAAAAGUUA